UCUGGACACUUCCCUGGAGACAUUUGAUUCUGGACACUUCCCUGGAGACAUUUGAUUCUGGACACCAGUUUCUUGUUUUAGAUUGUGGAGGUGGCACAGUUGACAUUACAGCCUAUGAAGUUCAGACAAAGGAUAAACUAAUUGAACUGUGUCCACCUUCAGGUGGACCAUGGGGUGGAACAGAAGUCGAUAAGCUGUUCUUAAAUUUUGUCAAAGAGGUAUUUGGAAAAGCUGUUUGGUGUAACUUUGAAAAAUCAAAUAUGCGCGAUUGUCUUGAUUUACUUAGAACGUUUGAAGGCCGAAAGAGAGUAAUUGGAGCAAAUAAUGAGGAAAAAGUUCGACUUUUGUUUCCGAGAGAUUUAUUUGAUGAGUAUGAGGCUCAUACUGGCUCAGAAUUUAAAUCUGUUUUAGGUGUUACAAAAGCGAGAGAUAAAUUAAUAUUUCCGAUAGAUGUAUUAAAAAAUCUGUUUAGCCAACCUUUUAAUGCAAUUACUGCACAUGUUAGAGAAUUGCUUCGGAAACCCGAACUUCAACAAGUCAGAACGAUACUUAUGGUAGCUGGGUUUUCCGAUUCUGAACUGUUAUAUCAACAUAUCAAAUCGGAGUUUACGGAAAUCAAUGUUUUACGCCCUCAUGAUGCUGUUUCGUCAGUUAUGAAAGGAGCAGUAAUUAUUGGUCAUUCGCCAGAAGUAAUACCCGAAAGAAUUUGCGCGAGAACAUAUGGCAUUGCCUGUAAUAUUCCCUUUGACUCACAAAAACAUCCACCAGAAUUACGUCAAGUAUGUGACGGAAUGGAAAUGUGUACUGACAGCUUCUAACCAAUUGUAAGAAAAGGAGACACAAUUAUAUUAGGCCAAAGUUGUUUUGAGCGUCAAUUCUUACCCACGUGUUCAAAUGAUAAAUCUGCCACCAUCGAUAUUUUCGUCUCACCUGAUGAUAAUCCGAAGUAUACAUAUGGAGGAAGAGGGGAUAAUGUCAAAAGGUUAGGGUCCCUCCAUUUGAAUAUUCCCGACAUAAGUAAAGGUAAAAACAGGCCUAUAACAGUCAGAAUUACCUAUCAAAGCACUGAAAUUGUUGUUACAGCUGUAGAAGAAGGGACCAAUAAUUUAGUCAGUAAACAAUUUGACUCUUUAGUGUAAAUCUUCAGUUUGUAGCCUGUGUUGCAUCAUUAUAUCAAGUUGUAAAUUAUUCAUUGUAUGAUUUGUAUUCAAUAUAAUGAAAGAAAAACAAGAUUUACUUGUACGCUAUAUUAAACAAUUGCCAAUA